UGAGAUCAGGAGAACUGGUGCAAUAGUGGAAACUCUACUUCUGUCUUCUCUCCACUGCUACAGGUGCCAGCUGCUCCAUGGUGUGAAGAUGUAGGUGCAUCAGUCCGGCAGCUGCACCCAUAGCCCCACUCUCCUAGCAAGCUUGCUGAUUUGGUAACACACAAACCGGAAAGUUGAUUUCUGCACCUGAUUCCUCCCCCAAUAGAUUCCAGCUCAGACAAUGUAGAAGCUGCUUGUUUGUCAGCACUGCCCUGGAUUCUCUUCUGCUCCUCGCAGUCCACAGUCACACACUGCUGGGUGAAUUCCAUCAGGCCUGUGACCCUUGUUCCCAUUGAUUUUGUUUAAAAAUAUAUCUGAGCUGAUUCAUAAGGACAUGAUAUCAGAAAACCAUCCUGCAUCCCUCUAGCGUAAGGAGCCCAGGGGCCACUGGGAUAAACAGAAGACUCAAACACAUACAACAUAUCUUACAGUCACCUUCCUGAUGGGCACGCCCAGAGCUGGGGAUACACAGUUCCAGGGAAAUACAAGUGGGACGUUGAAAAUUCUACCUAUAAUUAUCUUUUGGCCUGUCUGCAAAAUCUAAACUUGUGAAGUGUCAUGGAAAAGCAGGUGCUAAUCUCGCCUGCAUCACGAGAAGGACAGAAGAGUGGAAUAAGCAAGUAUUUCUCAACAACAGCUUCGUCCCCGACCAAGAAAGUGCCGAAACUAUGUGGAACCAACUACCCCCUGAGUAUAAUGUUCAUUGUCGUCAACGAGUUCUGCGAACGAUUCUCCUACUAUGGAAUGAAAGCUGUCCUCACCCUGUAUUUCCUCAAUUAUCUGCACUGGGAUGAAAACCUGUCAACAACCGUGUAUCAUGCCUUCAGCGGCCUCUGCUACUUCACCCCUCUUAUUGGUGCCCCUAUAGCUGACGCCUGGCUGGGGAAAUUCAACACCAUCUUUUAUCUGUCAAUCUUGUAUGUCAUUGGCCACAUCAUAAAGUCAGUGGGUGCCAUCCCUACCGUGGGAAGUACCGAGGUGCACGUAGCGCUGUCCGUGAUUGGCUUGAUUGCCAUUGCAUUUGGUACGGGAGGCAUUAAACCCUGUGUGGCUGCGUUUGGAGGGGACCAAUUUGAGGAAGAGCAUGCACAAGAACGCAGCAAAUUCUUCUCCAUCUUCUACUUGUCCAUCAACGCUGGGAGUCUCAUCUCCACCUUUGUCACCCCUGUACUUAGAGGGGACGUUCAGUGCUUCGGAGGGGACUGCUAUGCGCUGGCAUUUGGGGUUCCAGCUGCACUGAUGUUUGUGGCUCUAAUUGUGUUUGUUGCUGGCAGCGGUAUGUACAAGAAAUACCCACCCCAGGGCAACAUCCUCGCCUCAGUGUUUGGCUGCAUUGGGUUUGCACUGAAGAACCGCUGGAGACAUCGAUCCAAGCAGCACCCCAAGAGAGAGCACUGGUUGGACUGGGCCGAUGAGAAGUAUCAAAAAAGACUCAUCACAGAAGUGAAAAUGGUGACCAAGGUGCUUUUCCUCUACAUUCCACUGCCCAUGUUUUGGGCUCUCUUUGACCAACAGGGCUCCCGCUGGACUCUGCAGGCGACAAGGAUGAACUCUGACUUUGGUGGAUUUGUCCUACAGCCGGACCAGAUUCAGAUCCUCAACCCUCUUCUCAUCCUCAUCCUCAUUCCUGUCUUUGACCUUGGCAUUUAUCCUCUGAUCAGAUGUUGCAAGAUCGAUUUCAAGGCCAUUCCGAAGAUGGCCAUUGGUAUGAUCCUGGCAGCAUUGGCAUUUGCAGUGGCAACUGUUGUUGAGAUUAAAAUCAAUGAAACAUUGCCCCCAGUAUCCGCAGCCAAGGAGAGCUACCUACAGGUUCUAAAUCUUGCUAGGGGUGAACUUAUUGUUGAAAUUCCAGGGUUGGAGACCAUCAGACAGCCCAGCCUGCAUGACACAAAUCCUGUGGAUCCGGAUUAUAUAAAACUGGACCUUCUCAACGCACACAAUGAUUUUAAUGUAGAACUGACACAAGGAACAGUAAAAUCAGAAUGCAAGCUUCAUAUCGAAGAGAAAAGCAGCUUCAGCCUUCUUGUGUAUAGUGAAGAGAACAGCCUAAAUUGCAGCCUGAUUGAAGAAUCACAAACCAAACCAGCCAAUGGAUUAGCAAUGGUCAGGUUUAUUAACAUGCUCAGCGAUGAGGCGAAUGUAACUAUUGGUGACUCCACUGUUAGUGCCAGAAGAGGAGACGUGUCCAAUUAUGUGACACUGAAGAGAGGAAAGAUAACUGCAAGCUGCUUGACUGAAUUGAAUACAUAUGAACUUGACCUUGGGUUACUCAACUUCGGUGCUACUUAUACAGUCAUACUACUAAUGGGAAAUGACGGCAACAUUGAACUGAAGAAGACAGAAGAUGUCACUGCCAACAGUUUCCAUGUGGCAUGGCAGGUCCCUCAGUAUGUGCUCCUUAGUGCCGGGGAAGUCAUGUUCUCCGUCACUGGCCUGGAAUUCUCUUACUCUCAGGCUCCUACCAGUAUGAAGUCAGUGUUACAGGCGGGGUGGCUGUUCACCAUCGCCAUUGGAAAUGUCAUUGUGCUGAUCGUUGCACAGGCCGGAACCCUUGAGCAGUGGGCGGAGUUCAUUCUGUUUGCUGCUCUACUGGUUGCCGUGUGCAUCAUCUUCUCCAUAAUGGGUUAUUUCUAUGUCCCUGCUAAUCCCGAUGACCUGAAGGAUGAUGAAGAAUUGGAGAAGAAGCAGCUGCCGGACGACAACCUGAACGCAAUCCCAAUGGAGGAGAAGAAAACCAAAAUGUAGCCACAAACACAAGGAACAAUAUUUUAUUCCUAUCUCAUUUCUCUUUGGAAACACAGUUUCUUUAUUUCCUGUUCUCCUCCUGGGGAUUUGAACCCAAACAUUUCUGUGCUGAUGGAGGAGUUAAUGCUUCAUACUGGGACCAAACAUGUUCCUCCUCAGCCAGAGUCUAGAAUAAAAACUGUGAUGGUGUCCUCAUGCACAGCUAAUGAAUUUCCUGCAGGCAUGCUGCUCUGAUGCUAAUGUUGCUCAACUACAAGUCCCACAAACUCCCUUUCAGAGGAUCCUGGGAGCUGUAGUACAGCAACAUCAGCAAGGGCCAAAGGAGUCUAAAUAUUCUUUCACCAGUAUUUUUAUUCCACAUGGACAUUCUGAUUUGUGUUUGUACAGAUUUGUGAUACAUGAUAUUAUUUCUGUAAAUUUCCAUGCACUUUAAAAAUAAAACUCUACAGUCUUUUCCUGGA